AUGUCGACCCAAGGUCGGCGCUCUCGGUUGGACAAAUCUUCGCCACCUGUGGAGGGAAGUUUAUAUGCGGAGUUUGUAGAAGACCAGGACUGGCAUGACCAUGAGACACGAGCGAUGACAUCUGUUAAAUCGACAGGUAGCCCUCUGGCUGCUGCUACACAGAAUGGAGCAGUCGGACAGAUUUCUGUUGGUCAGAGGAUGCUGUCGGCUACUGGCGGUAGCAUCCUGACGGCUCUACUAGUCACACCCUUAGAUGUCGUCCGAAUCCGCCAGCAGUCGCAAGCAUCUCCUAUCCACAACCUAUCCAAAUUCACCGCGCACACGACCGAUGCGUUCAGGGCACUACCGGCCGAUCUCGGCGUAACAGCAUGCUGUCGAGAAGUAUUCUGGAUCGGCAACAACCCGGAGAUGUGUCUAGUCGAGAACGGACCAAUGGCCAGGGCAAUAGAUUGCGCCGUGGAAGAUACACAACAGCGCCGAAUAAACUCCACGUUUGACGGGAUACGGAAAAUCGCACGGAAUGAAGGAGUCUUGACAUUAUGGCGUGGACUAGUACCGACGCUCGUCAUGAGUGUUCCCGGCAAUGUGAUUUAUCUAGCUGGAUACGAGUGGUUGAGGGUCGAUCCUCGCAGUCCGCUUCCACGCUAUAUACCGGAUGCAUAUCUGCCCCUGGUCGCAGGUAGUAUUGCGCGAGUAGCCGCAGCAUCGGCAAUCAGUCCUAUUGAGAUGUUCCGAACACGGCUUCAGGCGACACCGGGCACUGGUACAGGUCAUUUCCGCGCUACAUUCGAAGGUCUUCACCAAAUGACCCAAGCACGAGGAUAUAGCUCUCUAUGGCGAGGGCUGGGCUUGACAAUGUGGCGAGAUGUGCCAUUUUCAGGCCUGUAUUGGUGGGGCUACGAAGCUGUGCGAAACCUACUCACGGACGUUCGUGAACGAAAUAAUCAUAAUAAUCAUAACCUGCAUGAAGGACUGAGGAGUCGGCGCAAUUCUCAAUCCAGUCAAAGCACGGCUAUCACAAUGAUGGACAGUUUUAUAGCUGGAUCGGUAUCUGGCGCUGUGGCAGCAUUGGUCACAACACCAUUUGACGUAGGCAAGACACGGCAACAAAUAUUCCGACAUAGUGCCGACGAAGUCGCGAGCAGCGCGGCAACAGGAAGAAUUGGAUCAACUGCAGUCGUGCAUCCAGAAUUAUUAUCCAUGCCUCGAUUCUUGUUAUAUAUAUUCCAGCGUGAAGGUCUAGCCGGUCUUUUCAAAGGCUGGGUUGCCCGCUGUCUCAAAGUUGCUCCUGCUUGCGCUAUUAUGAUUUCGAGCUACGAGUUGGGCAAGAAGAUGGCCCUGGACGUUAAUACCAGACGACACUCCGAUGGUGACAACAUAUAA